CGUCACAUUUUUAUUAAUAGAAUCGCCAAAUGGUCAUAUGUGGAACACGUCACAAAUCUCCGAUGACGUAACAAUAUUCAAGAUGGCGUCUAAUGUUCUACCGCCGAAUCAAAAAUGAAGUAUUGAGAACAAUGAAAGUGUCAACUCUUCUUGUCUUCUGUCUGUCAUGUGUUGCUUCUGCCACCAUCUUGUGUCCACCAGCGUGUGACCCCCCUAACCAUGUCACUGGCUGCCAGGCUUAUCAGAAGAACAAAGAAUGCAAAAGUGGCAUGCGGGAUGUGAGCAUAUCGGUUGCCAGCUGCGGAUGCCUCUGGGAGUCACACAUACAGCUGGUGGAACCAGAGUCCAAAGUAGUGUUUACUGAUGCCGGGAACCAGUGCUAUAAAUGGGCAGCCAAAGUCUGUGCUAUUUUAGAGAAACAGGAAAGUGUCAGCAUAGUAAAACCUAUUGCGGAGCUUUUACGACGAGUGAAAAAACUAGAAUACGCUGGGGAAGUUGCUCUUGAAAAAGAGAUAGCCAAAAGUCGUCGAAGAACUGGUGUGACCUUACCAUCAUUGCCUUUCAUUACUGAAAAGCCUCUACCAAAACCUGUUAAGAAAGAAGUUAGCAUUAUAGGGGAGAUUAAUCGGGAAAAGCCUCUACCAAAACCUGUUAAGAAAGAAGUUAGCAUUAUAAGGGAGAUUAAUCGGGAAAACCCUGUACCAAAACCUGUUGAGAAAGGUGUUAGCUUUAUAGGGAAACAUAGCCGUGGGGCUGCAUCUGAGUGGGUGGAGGUAGAGAGGGAAAAAAAGAACAGUGUUUCUUCUCCAUGGGUGCAGGUAAUGAGGGAAAAAGCCAAUAACUCUCCUACAGGCACAGCAAUCAAAACCAGUGAGGCAAUCAAAACCAGUGAGACAGGAAAAAAUAAGACCUUGGGAUUUUUUGUCUUUCAACACUGGUUCAACAUACAAAUGCAAGAUGACCAGUUUAAGCUGAUUGUGUUCAUGGUGGUACUACUGCUUAACAUCCUGGUUGUGAUUGGAAUGGUGAUAUGUAGGAAUCCAAGCAAAGCACGGAAAGCAAAGGAGCCCAAACAGUGCGGAGAUUUGGACUUGAGCACAUAUAGACCAAAGAAACCGGAUGAGACACGCAAGAAUUUUUUUGAGAAACUAAACUGGCUUCCUAAAUGGAAACAGCAAUCUGGUAUGCCUGGUAUACCUUACCUUCCAAUGGAAAAUGGCAAUGUGAAUAGGCUAUGGAAGCCUGAAGAAAAAUAUUCACAGACAUCAUCCACCUUUUUGCCGGUACUACGUCCUCAAAUGGUUCAGCCCUGCGACUCCCUCCAGAAGCACUACGAGACUCAAGAGGACUCCUAUUUGGAACACACAUAUGAGGAACCCAUGUCAGUGGCCCCUAGCCGACCUCCCUCGUGUAGGGAAACGGGCUUGCAGCAUAGCUCAUUGCAGGAACUUUCCUGCAUGGCAUGCAGUUUUGAGACAGAGAGUGACGAUUACUCGUCACCCACUAAAUAUUUCCCGAGAAGCACAGAGGAACCUCACAAUGUCUCGAGACACAUGGAAGAACCUCGUACGGUCUCGUUUGCGCUGCCACAGGGUACCUACCUAACCAUUCAGGAUAGAGUGGAUAGUUGCCAGUCCUCGCAAACGACGGAAAAAGAAAGGACUCCACAUGGUGGGGAAAAAAGUGGCGGACAAUAAGAGGCAGCCAAUAAAAACAUGAACUUAGCAAUGAAUGUGAAGGACAAAAACAUGUGUUAAUUAUAAAAUGAGAUUUCAUUGCCUGUUAACAACAAUAUAAACUAAGUUGUACAAUGGUUGGUGAAUUAUUUAUUUCCAUGUUAGUUUGGGAACUUAUUUUGUCGUGUUGAUCCAUUUAUUUAAUAUAACUAGUCUGUGUUAUCUGAUUUUUUUUCUAAGUUAUUAAUUAAUAAGCAAACCUAGUUUUUCAAGUGUAGUACUCAUGACUCUUUAAAAAAAAAUCUUAUUCUGUGUUUAUGAAUUGUAAAAGAAGACUUCUUACCAAGUUUUUUUUAUGUUGUAAAAUAUAUGAUUCAUUAUUUAGUUAAACAGUUCUAGUUUUACAAACUAGUAACCUGUUGCUCAACAAUGUUGAUGAUGUUGUUUUCAUGUGCUGUUUUACUUAAAUGAUUAUAUUUACCAUGUUAAGAAAUAUUAUUUAUUAAAUAUUACGGUUG